AUGGCUUCCUACAUCCCCCAAGAGGGCUUUGAAACCAACGUGUACGACUAUGACGAGGUGCCCCAAAACACAUCGUGGGCCUCGGCGUUGCCCGUGGCCAAGGGAUUGUACAAUCCCGAGUACGAAAAAGACGCCUGCGGCGUCGGUUUCGCCUGCCACUUGAAGGGCCAGGUGUCCCACAAAAUCGUGUCGGACGCCAAGGAUUUGCUCUGCAACAUGACCCACCGAGGCGGCGAGUUGAACCCCAAGGAUGGCGACGGCGCAGGCUUGUUGCUGUCGUUGCCCCACAAGUUCUUGGUCCGCGAGUUCCUGUACCACUGCAACGUGGCGUUGCCUCCGCUUGGGCAGUACGGAACCGGAAACGUGUUCUUCAAAAAGGACGACCUGGUGUUCGAGAAAUCGCGCCAGACCUUCGAGUCCAUUGCCGCGUCCUUAGGCUUGAAGGUCUUGGGCUGGAGAGCCGUGCCACACGACUCCAGCAUUUUGGGCCCGGCGUCCUUGUCGCGGGAGCCCAUGAUUUUGCAGCCGGCCAUCGUGCUUGCCGAGACCUACGGGCGCGACGUGCCACAAGACGAGUUCGACGCGUGCCACCGCCAGAACUUCGAGAAAAACUUGUUUAUUUUGCGCAAGCAGUCGUCGCACACGAUCGGCUUGCACAACUGGUUCUACAUCUGCUCGUUGUCCACCAAGACCAUCGUGUACAAGGGCCAGUUGGCGCCCAACCAGGUGUACGCGUACUACUACGACUUGCUCAACUCCGAGUACGAGGCGCACUUUGCGCUCGUGCACUCGCGGUUCUCGACCAACACGUUCCCCUCGUGGGACCGUGCGCAGCCGUUGCGGAUCGUGGCCCACAACGGUGAGAUCAACACGUUGCGCGGCAACAAGAACUGGAUGCGCGCCAAGGAGGGCGUGAUGAAGUCCGAGCUCUUUGGCGACGAGUUGGAGAAGUUGUACCCGAUCAUCGAGGAGGGCGGCUCGGACUCCGCGGCGUUCGACAACGUGUUGGAGUUGUUGGUCAUCAACGGCGUGUUGUCCUUGCCCGAGGCCGUGAUGAUGAUGAUCCCGGAGGCGUGGCAGAACGACAAGAAUAUCGACAUGAAGAAAAAGGCCUUCUACGAGUGGGCCGCGUGCUUGAUGGAGCCCUGGGACGGGCCUGCCUUGUUCACCUUUGCCGACGACCGCUACUGCGGCGCCAACUUGGACAGAAACGGCUUACGGCCCUGCCGGUACUACGUGACCAACGACGACAUCAUCAUCUGUGCGUCCGAGGUCGGUGUCAUUGACGUCGACCCGGCCACGGUCUUGCAGAAGGGCCGCUUGCAGCCGGGCAGGAUGUUGUUGGUUGACACCAAGGAGGGCCGCAUCGUGGACGACCGCGAGUUGAAGAGCACCGUGGCCUCCCGCUUCGACUUCAAGUCCUGGGUCUCCGCCAGCGGAAUCACCUUGGACGACUUGUGCUCCAAGUUGGCCGCCCGGGACGUCGACAUCUCGUCGCCCGUGUAUGACAAGACGCACACUGUGCAGACCGACCCCAGAAUGUUGGCUUUCGGCUACUCGCACGAGCAAAUGAACACGAUCUUGGCGCCCAUGGCCGAGGCCAAGGAGGCCCUUGGGUCCAUGGGUAACGACACUGCGUUGGCGUGCAUCUCCGAGCAGCCGCGCUUGUUGUACGAGUAUUUCCGCCAGUUGUUCGCCCAGGUCACCAAUCCUCCGAUCGACCCAAUCAGAGAGGAGAUCGUCAUGUCUUUGGAGUGUUACGUCGGGCCCCAGGGCAACUUGUUGGAAAUGAAGCCCAACCAGUGCAACAGGUUGUUGUUGAAGUCGCCUGUUCUCUCCAACAACGAGCUUAAAGCCAUCAGAAACAUCGAGACCGUCUACCCCUCGUGGGCCGUGGCCAAUAUCGACAUCACUUUCAGCCGCGCCGAAGGAAUCCAAGGCUACAUCAAUAAGAUCGAAGAGGUCUGCCAGGAUGCUUCGAAUGCCAUCGCUGACGACAAGAAGAUCAUCGUCUUGACCGACCGUGCCACCAGUUUCGACAGAGUGCCCAUUUCGGUGUUGAUUGCUACUGGUGCUGUCCACCACCACUUGGUGAGACAGAAGCAGCGGUCUAAGGUCGCCAUUUUGAUUGAAACCGCCGAGGCCAGAGAGGUGCACCAUGUUUGCUGCUUGGUCGGCUACGGCGCGGACGGUGUCAACCCUUACUUGGCCAUCGAGACCUUGUGUAAGAUGAGAGACGAGGGCUUGUUGAAGGUGGAUUUCUCCAACGAGAAGAUGUUCAGCAACUACAAGGAGGCUGUUGACGCUGGAAUCUUGAAGGUCAUGUCGAAGAUGGGUAUCUCCACUUUGGCCUCCUACAAAGGUGCUCAGAUCUUCGAGGCCUUGGGUAUCGAUAACUCCGUCAUUGACCGUUGUUUCGUGGGAACAGCCUCCAGAAUCAAGGGUAUAACUUUCGAGUACAUUGCCCAGGACGCGUUUUCGUUGCACGAGGCCGGCUACCCAACAAGAGAGACGAUCAAGCCGGUAGCUUUGCCCGAGACUGGUGAAUACCACUGGAGAGAUGGCGGAGAGAAAAAGGUCAACGACCCUGCUGCCAUUGCCUCUAUCCAGGACGCUGUCAGAAACAAGAACGAGAAGUCUUAUGAGGCCUACUCCAAGAAGGAGUACGAGGCAAUCAAGAACUGUACUUUGAGAGGUUUGUUGGACUUUGACUACGAAAACACAACCUCUGUUCCUAUCGACCAGGUUGAGCCAUGGACUGAAAUUGUGAGAAGAUUCUUCACUGGUGCUAUGUCUUACGGGUCUAUUUCCAUGGAGUCGCACUCUACCCUUGCUGUGGCAAUGAACAGGCUUGGCGGUAAGUCCAACACCGGUGAAGGCGGUGAGGAUUCUGCGAGAUCUCAAGUCAAUGCCAAUGGUGACACCAUGCGUUCUGCCAUCAAGCAGAUUGCCUCUGGUAGAUUUGGUGUUACCUCGUACUACUUGGCCGAUGCCGACGAAUUGCAAAUUAAGAUGGCGCAAGGUGCAAAGCCUGGUGAAGGUGGUGAAUUGCCCGGCCAUAAGGUGUCUGAGUCUAUUGGUAAGACCAGACAUUCCACUCCAGGCGUGGGUUUGAUUUCUCCUCCUCCCCAUCACGACAUUUACUCCAUCGAGGACUUGAAGCAGUUGUUGUAUGACUUGAAAUGCUCAAACCCCAGAGCCAGAACCUCGGUGAAAUUGGUUUCCGAAGUUGGUGUAGGAAUUGUUGCUGCUGGUGUUGCCAAGGCUGGUUCGGAGAACAUUUUGGUUUCCGGAGGUGACGGUGGAACCGGUGCCGCCAAAUGGACAUCCAUCAAGUACGCUGGUUUGCCCUGGGAAUUGGGUCUUGCUGAGUCUCAUCAAACAUUGGUUUUGAAUGACUUGAGAGGUAGAGUCAUUUUGCAAACUGAUGGCCAGAUUCGUACUGGUCGUGAUGUGGCUAUUGCAUGUUUGCUUGGUGCCGAGGAGUGGGGUUUUGCCACUACUCCAUUGAUUGCCAUGGGCUGUAUCAUGAUGAAGAAGUGUCACCUUAACACCUGUCCAGUUGGUAUUGCCACUCAAGACCCAGAGCUCAGAAAAAAGUUCCAAGGUACGCCAGAGCAUGUCAUCAACUUUUUCUACUACAUUGCCAACGAGUUGAGACAGUACAUGGCUAAAUUGGGUUUCCGUACCAUCAACGAAAUGAUCGGUAAGACCGAGGUAUUGAGAGUUAGAGACGACUUGAGAAACACCAAGAACGCCAACAUUGACUUGUCCCCCAUUUUGACUCCUGCUCAUACCAUUAGACCGGGUGUUGCUACCCACUGUGUCAGAAAACAAGACCAUCGUUUGCAUGUACGCCUUGACAACAAGUUGAUCGAUGAGUCUGAGUUGACGUUGUCUAAGGGAUUGCCUGUGACCAUCGACUGUGAUGUUGUCAAUACCGACCGUUCUUUGGGUACGACGUUGUCCUACAGAGUUUCGAAGAUUUUCGGUGAACAAGGUUUGCCACAUGAUACCAUUCACGUUAAUGCAAAAGGAUCAGCUGGUCAGUCUUUUGGUGCCUUUUUGGCAUCAGGUAUUACCUUAGAAUUAGAGGGUGAUGCCAAUGACUACAUUGGAAAGGGAUUGUCCGGAGGAAGAAUUAUUGUCUACCCACCAAGAGCCUCAACAUUCAAGGCUGAGGAUCAAAUCAUUGCCGGAAACACUGCCUUCUUCGGAGCUACCUCAGGAAGUGCUUUUAUCAGAGGUAUUGCCGCAGAAAGAUUUGCGGUCAGAAACUCUGGUGCCACCAUUGUAACCGAAGGUACUGGUGAUCACGGAUGUGAGUACAUGUCUGGUGGUAGAGUUGUGGUCUUGGGUAGCACUGGACGGAACUUUGCCGCAGGUAUGUGUGGUGGUAUUGCUUAUGUUUUGGACAUGGCACAAGAUUUCUUCCAGAAAGUCAACCAGCAAACUGUUGAGUUGUCCAGCGUUACCGAGCCUUCUGAAAUUGCAUUCUUGAGAGGCCUUAUCGAGGACCAUCGUCACUAUACUGGGUCCGAGGUGUCAGACAACAUUUUGAAUGACUUCAACAGAAUCUUGCCAAGAUUUGUCAAGGUCUUGCCUAAUGACUACAAGAAGGUUCUCGAGAAGGAGAAGCAAAAGGAGUUGGACGCCAAGAACAACGAGCUCAAUAAUUUCUUGAAGUCUAUCAAAGAAGACCCUGAAAGCGAUGCAACUAAUGGCGAGGCCUCCAAGAUUAAAAGGGGACACGCUCACACCCAUGCUGCUAAGAAGGAGCCAAAGGUUUUGGACUUAGAGGACACCAUUCAGGACCUCGAACUCGAGAAAAAGGCCGUUGCCCAAGUGGACAGAGUUAAGGGAUUCAUGAAGUACAAGAGAAGAAAUGAAAAGUACCGCCCAGCCAAGGAGAGAGCUGUUGACUGGAACGAGAUGACGUCGAGAUUGACCAAGGAAGAGUUGAAGUACGAGACCGCUAGAUGCAUGGACUGUGGUGUACCUUUCUGUACCUCUGAUACCGGGUGUCCUAUUUCCAACAUUAUUCCAAAAUGGAAUGAGUUGGUGUUCAAGGACAAGUGGUACGAUGCCUUGCAAAGAUUGAUGAUGACCAAUAACUUCCCAGAGUUCACCGGCAGAAUCUGUCCAGCUCCCUGCAACGGUGCGUGUGUAUUGGGUAUUAAUGAGGACCCCGUCAACAUUAAGUCGGUUGAAUGUGCCAUUAUCGACCAUGGCUUCGAGCAAGGCUGGAUUAAGCCAAACCCUCCUCAACACAGAACCGGCAAGAGCGUUGCUAUCAUUGGUUCCGGUCCAGCCGGUUUGUCUGCCGCUGACCAGUUGAACAAGGCGGGGCACAAGGUCACCGUUUACGAGAGAUCUGACAGACCUGGUGGAUUGAUGAUGUACGGUAUUCCAAACAUGAAGUUGGACAAGCGCAUCGUCAAGAGAAGAACGGACUUGUUGGAAGCCGAGGGAAUUGACUUUGUGUGCGGCACAACUGUGGGUGAGGAUGUCACCAUCGAGGAGUUGAAAUCUGCCCACGAUGCUGUUGUUUACGCUGUUGGUUCAACCAUCCCAAGAGACUUGAAGAUUCCAGGCCGUGACUUUAACAAUAUUGACUUUGCCAUGAAGUUGUUGCACUCGAACACAAAGGCUUUGUUGGAGAACAACUUGGAGGCGAUUAGAGAGACGAUUGCCGGUAAAAACGUGGUUGUUAUUGGAGGUGGUGACACUGGUAAUGACUGCUUGGGUACGUCGACAAGACACGGUGCCAAAUCUGUCACUAACUUUGAGUUGUUGCCAACACCACCAAACGUUAGACCAAAGGACAACCCUUGGCCUCAAUGGCCACGUAUUUUCAGAGUCGACUACGGUCAUACUGAAGUCGCGGCGCAUUACGGCAAGGACCCAAGAGAAUACUCGAUUUUGUCCAAGGAAUUCGUUGGCGAUGAUGAGGGCAACGUGAAGGGUAUCAAGACCGUCAGAGUCGAAUGGAAGCGCUCCGACUCUGGUGCUUGGCAGAUGGCCGAGGUGCCAGGCUCUGAAGAGUUCUUUGCUGCUGAUGUUGUGUUGUUGUCGAUGGGUUUUGUUGGCCCAGAGACCGACAAACUUGAUGUUGAGAAAACUAGAAGAGGCACGAUCACCACCGCGGACCCAAGUGGAUACAGAGUAUCUGCCAACGACAACUUGUUCGCUGCAGGCGACUGCAGAAGAGGACAGUCUUUGGUUGUCUGGGGUAUCCAGGAAGGUAGACAGUGUGCUAGAGAGGUUGACUUGUUCUUGAUGGGCUCUACUAGAUUGCCUGGUAAUGGUUCUGUGGAACAGCGUAACUUCAACUUGUUGGAGGAGUUCGCCGAGAAGGUAUAA